AUGAAAUAUGAUGUGCGUGUCAAUUUCACUGAAGAGGAGUGGGCAUUCCUGGAUCCUUCACAGGAAUAUCUCAUCGAAGAUGAUAUGCUGGAGACAUAUAUGAACCUCACUGGUCUAGGAUACACUUGGGAAGAUCUUGAAUUUGAAGAACAUUGUCAAAGUUUUCAAAGUCAUGAAAGGAAUGAAAUAACAAACACUGGAGAGAAACCCUAUGAUUGUAAGGAAUAUGGUAAAGCUCAAAACAGUGUUCUUCAAAGUGACGAAAGAACACAUACAGGAGAGAAACCCUAUGAAUGUAAAGAAUAUGUUAAAGCUUUAGAUCCAAGCAGUGUUCUUCAAAGUGACAAAAGAACACAUACUGGAGAGGAACCCUAUGAUUGUAAAGAAUAUGCUUUUGAUCAAAAUAGUGUUCUUCAAAGUGAUGAAAUAACACAUACUGGUGAGAAACCCUAUGAAUGGAAGGAAUAUGGUGAAGCCUUUGAUCAAAAUAGUGUUCUUCAAAGUGAUGAAAGAACACUUACUGGAGAGAAACCCUAUGAAUGUAAGGAAUAUGGUGAAGCCUUUGAUCAAAACAGUGUUCUUCAAAGUGAUAAAAGAACACAUACUGGAGAUAGACCCUAUGAAUAUAAGGAAUAUGGUGAAGCUUUUGAUCAAAACAGUGUUUUUCAAAGUGAUGAAAGAACACAUACUGGAGAGAAACCCUAUGAAUGGAAGGAAUAUGGUGAAGCUGUUCUUCAAAGAGAUGAAAUAACACAUACUGGUGAGAAACCCUAUGAAUGGAAGGAAUAUGGUGAAGCCUUUGAUCAAAACAGUGCUCUUCAAAGUGACAAAACACAUACAGGAGAGAAACCCUAUGAAUGGAAGGAAUAUGGUGAAGCCUUUGAUCCAAACAGUGUUCUUCAAAGUGAUGAAAGAACACAUACUGGAGAGAAACUCUAUGAUUGUAAGGAAUAUGGUGAAGCUUUUGACCAAAACAGUGUUCUUCAAAGUGAUGAAAGAACACAUACUGGAGAGAAACCCUAUGAAUAUAAGGAAAAUGGUGAAGCUUUUUAUCAAAUCAUUGUUCUUCAAAGUGAUGAAAGAACACACACUGGAGAGAAACCCUAUGAAUGGAAGCAAUACGGUGAAGCCUUUGAUCAAAACAGUGUUCUUCAAAGUGAUGAAAGAACACAUACUGGAGAGAAACCCUAUGAAUGGAAGGAAUAUGGUGAAGCUUUUGAUCAAAACAGUGUUCUUCAAAGUGAUGAAAGAACACAUACUGGAGAGAAACACUAUGAAUGGAAGGAAUAUGGUAAAGCUUUUGAUCAAAAUAGUGUUCUUCAAAGUGAUGAAACAACACAUACUGGUGAGAAAGCCUAUGAUUGUAAAGAAUAUGAGAAACCCUGUGAAUAUAAGGAAUAUGGUGAAGCUUUUUAUCAAAUCAUUGUUCUUCAAAGUGAUGAAAGAACACAUACUGGAGAGAAACCUUAUGAAUGUAAGGAAUAUGGUGAACCUUUUUAUGAAAACAGUGUUCUUCAAAGUGACAAAAGAACACAUACUGGAGAGAAACCCUAUGAUUGUAAGGAAUAUGGUAAAGGUUUUGAUCAAAACAGUGUUCUUCAAAGUGAUGAAAGAACACAUACUGGAGAGAAACCCUAUGAUUAUAAGGAAUAUGGUGAAGCUUUUUAUCAAAACAUUGUUCUUCAAAGUGACAAAAGAACACAUACUGGAGAGAGACCCUAUGAUUGUAAGGAAUAUGGUAAAGAUUUUGAUCAAAACACUGUUCUUCAAAGUGAUGAAACAACACAUACUGGUGAGAAACCCUAUGAAUGUAAGGAAUAUGGUGAAGUCUUUGAUCAAAACAAUGUUCUUCAAAGUGAUGAAAGAACACAUACUGGAGAGAAACUCUAUGAAAGGAAGGAAUAUGGUGAAGCUUUUAAUCAAAACAGUGUUCUUCAAAGUAAUGAAAGAACACAUCCUGGAGAGAAACCCUAUGAAUGUAAGGAAUAUGGUGAAGCUUUUGAUCAAAACAGUGUUUUUCAGAGUGAUGAAAGAACACAUACUGGAGAGAAACCAUAUGCAUGUAACCAAUGUAGUAAGGCCUUUGCACGUCGCAGUCAUCUUCAAAGGCAUAAAAGAACACAUACUAGAGAGAAACCUUUUCAAUGUAAGGAAUGUGGUAAAACCUUUGCUCAAAACAGUGUUCUUCAAAGUCAUGAAAGAACACAUAGAGGAGAGAAACCCUAUGAAUGUAAUCAAUGUAAUAAAGCUUUUGUACGUCAUAGUCAUCUUCAAAGGCAUAAAAGAACACAUACUAGAGAGAAGCCUUUUCAAUGUAAGGAAUGUGGUAAAACCUUUGCUCGCAACAGUGUUCUUCAAAGUCAUGAAAGAACCCAUACUGGAGAGAAACCGUAUGAAUGUAAUCAAUGUAGUAAAGCCUUCAUACGUCAUAGUCAUCUUCAAAGGCAUAAAAGAAUACAUACUAGAGAGAAACCCUUUGAAUGUAAGGAAUGUGGUAAAGCCUUUGCUCAAAAGACUGUUCUUCAAAGUCAUGAAAGAACACAUACUGGAGAGAAACCCUAUGAAUGUAAUCAAUGUAAUAAAGCCUUUGCACAUCACAGUCAUCUUCAAAGGCACAAAAGAACACAUACUGGAGAGAAACCCUAUGAAUGUAGUCAGUGUGGUAAAACCUUUUCUCAAAACAGUGUUCUUCAAAGUCAUGAAAGAACACAUACUGGAGAGAAAUCAUAUGAAUGUAACCUAUGUAAUAAAGCCUUUGUAAGUCACAGUCAUCUUCAAAGACAUACAAAAACACAUACUGGGGAGAAACCCUAUGAAUGUAGUCAGUGUGGCAAAGCCUUUGCUCAAAACAGUGUUCUUCAAAGUCAUGAAAGAAUACAUACUGGAGAAAAAUCAUAUGAAUGCAAUGUAUGUAGUAAAGCCUUUGUACGUCACAGUCAUCUUCAAAGACAUAAAAGAAUACAUACUGGAGAGAAACCCUAUGAAUGUAAUCAGUGUGGCAAAGCCUUUGCUGAAAACAGUAUUCUUCAAAGUCAUGAAAGAACACACACUGGAGAGAAACCAUAUGCAUGUAACCAAUGUAGUAAAACCUUUUUUCGUCACAAUCAUCUUCGAAGGCAUAAAAGAACACAUACUGGAGAAAAACCCUAUGAAUGUAGCCAAUGUGGUAAAGCCUUUGCUCGAAACAGUAUUCUUCAAAGUCAUGAAAGAACACAUACUGGAGAGAAACCCUAUGAAUGUAAUCAAUGUAUUAAAGCCUUUACACAUCAUAGUCAUCUUCAAAGGCAUGAAAGAACACAUACUGGAGAUAAACCCUUUGAAUGUUACCAAUGUGGUAAAGCCUUUGCUCAAAACAGUGUUCUUCAAAGUCAUGAAAGAACACAUACUGGAGAGAAACCGUAUGAAUGUAAUCAAUGUAGUAAAGCCUUUGUACGUCAUAGUCAUCUUCAAAGGCAUAAAAGAACACAUACUACUGAAACCCUAUGAAUGUAAAAUCAAUGUG